GUAUAUGUGUGGUCUCUUAUCCCUUCAUUUCAACUACUCCAUUCCAGGUAGAGAUUCCAUCUCUCUCCACGAAAGUUGUGUGUCCCAUAUACAUAGAGAGAGAGAGAGAGAGAGAGAGAGAGAGAGAAAGAGAGAGAGAGGUCAAAUUUUAUUAAAACACUAGCAUUAAUCUUCCUCCAAAACCAAUCCUUGUUUUAAGAACCCAUCAACACCAUCCACUUUCAUGGCUGCACAGUCGAACUCAGACUCGUCACCUAAUCUUAGAAUUAUUGUCCAAAAUAACCCCUCACAAUCCCAACUCUCUGAACUCGGUAUCAAAUCUUGGCCCAAAUGGGGUUGCUCGCCAGGGAAGUACCAACUGAAAUUCGACGCAGAGGAGACUUGUUAUCUUCUUAAAGGGAAAGUUAAAGUCUACCCAAAAGGGUCAUCGGCGGCGUCGGAGGUCGUGGAGUUUGGCGCCGGUGAUCUCGUCAUAAUCCCGAAAGGACUCAGUUGCACGUGGGAUGUGUCCGUAGCCGUUGAUAAACACUACAAAUUUGAUUCCUCAUCAUCGUCAUCAUAAGAUCUACUUGUAUGUUUUUGAUUUUUUUGUUUUGAGUUCUAGGAGUGUGAUGUUUAUAAUUUUAUUUUAUUUUGGGUUUAGGGUUUGGUUUAGAAGGUAGUAGUGAAUUGUGUUUGUCAUAGAAAGGGAAAACAAUUUGUCAAUGCAUGUCCUAUUCAAUACUUCAAACUAAUCUACUUUUUUAUGUCUUUUUGUAUUAAAACUAAAAUGAGUUUUUCUUUUUAA